GAAAAUAUCAGUCCCCUCUUGAUCCGAGCAACCAAAAAUGAGUUCCUUCCCCAAUAUCGAUGGUUGGAGGCAGGGGUGAAUCGAGUGAGAUUCUUUUGCUUUUUCACUCGGCGUGGAUGCAAUGCAGAGCAGAGUGUGAUAUUAGCUCGCGUCUCUGGAACCUCUGCUGCUGCAACUCCACUAUCCUAGAGAGGAAAGCGAGCACACAGCAACUGAGCCUGCCGCUGCCGAGCGACAGCACGACGCCGCCGGCAAAUUAAAGCUCGACGAUCGGAAGGACUUUUGGUUCAUAAUAAUUAAUUAAGCAACAGACCGACAGAACGCAUGCGACAACCGUGCAAGAGAUAGAUAGCUCUAGUAGACGCAUGGCCAAUCCGGUGAGCAUCGUGCAGGCGAUAAUAGACUUGGCGCUCAAGAUCAAGAAGGCGGUGGAGACGGUUCGGUACAACCGGGAGGACUGCGGCAGGGUCGGCGAGCUCGUGGCCACGGUGCGCCGCGUCGCGGAGGGCCUGCGGAAGAGCAUGCAGGAGGACGGCAGCGGCGGCGGCGGCGCGGUGGUGGGUGGCGCGCUCGACUCUCUGAAGCAGGCCCUGCAGCGCGCCUGGGGUCUCGUCGCCUCCUGCCAGAGGGAGAACGCCAUGCUCCGCGCCCUGCACGCCACCGCCAUCGCCGAGAGGCUGCGCCGGGUCUUGCUCGACAUCUCGCUGAACCUCACCGCGGUGGUGCUCGCUAACGGCGCCUACAACACCACCAAGCUGGCCGACAUCAACGGAAUCGUUGCCGCCUUGCGUGCCGACGUCGCCGCCCUGCGUGCCGACGUCGCCUACAACACCUGGAUGCUCGCCAAAAUUAUGGAGAUUGUUGCUGAUCUUCCGGAUGCUCACCUGCAUAUACGACAACAGGUGGCAAUAUUGGUGCAGAGCUGCAGUGAUCCAACUGAUGACGAUGCUAAUUAUUAUCAAAAUGAAAGUACAAGGGAGACAAAGAAAACAGACGGCGUUACCAAGUACUCCACCUAUUCCUCGAGCUACGCCUAUCCGAGCUACUACGCCUACCAAACCCAGACCCUGGCUGCUCCGGACCCACAAAUGGCGGCCGCCAACCCCCGCGUCUACUUGGACAUAACGGUGGGCGGCGCCCCCGCGGGCCGGAUCGUGAUGGAGCUCUACGCGAACGAGGUCCCGCGCACGGCGGAGAACUUCCGGGCGCUGUGCACGGGCGAGAAGGGCCUGGGGAAAUCCGGCAAGCCGCUGCACUACAAGGGCUCCAGGUUCCACCGCGUGAUCCCGGAGUUCAUGUGCCAGGGCGGCGACUUCGUCCGGGGCAGCGGGACCGGCGGGGAGUCCAUCUACGGCGAGUCGUUCCCCGACGAGAGCUUGGUGCGCAAGCACACGGGACCCGGGGUGCUGUCCAUGGCCAACCGCGGGCCCAACAGCAACGGCUCCCAGUUCUUCAUCUGCACCGUGCCUACCCCAUGGCUCGACGGCAAGCAUGUCGUGUUCGGCCAGGUUGUGGAGGGCAUGGACGUGGUCAAGGCCAUCGAGAAGGUCGGGAGACGCAGCGGGUCCACCACCAUGGAGGUCAAGAUCGUUGACUGUGGCCAGAUCUGAUAGGUGGCGGGCAUGCGGCCGCCCUCCGUCGUUCGUCAUCUCGCCCCCACUUCCAUCCCAUUCUCUUCCAUUCCAUUCUCUCCUGCACUUCAUUCUGUUUCAAAUUGUAAGUCAUUCGAAUUUUUUUGAGAGUCAAACUAUUUUAAAUUUGACAAGAAUACAAAGAGAAUUACAAAGGUUUGUAACACCAAAUAGAUAUACUAUAAAAUAUAUUUAAUAAAGAAUCUAGUGAUACUUAUUUAGCAUCAUAAAUAUUGGUAUUUUAUUGUAAAAACUUUGUCAUACUUAAGAUGCUUUGACUUUUCUAAAAAAGUUGUCAUGACUUAUAAUUUGAAAUGGGACAUGUGGGACAACCACCAUAUGCUAACGAAUUUAGCUAAAACUAUCACCUAAACCACUAUGAACGUGAUUUGUAUGGUAUACUCGGUUUUGUAGUUGACAGAGAAAAAUCAUAGAACAGUUGAGAGAGAGAUUC